GGUAAGCAACCGUCCGUCCACUGAAAAGUGAAACAACAUGAGCGAGAACGUUGGCGUCCUGGAAGUGCGUUCUUUCGGGCAGCCAUUUCAGUUGGGAAUGCUGUACGACUAUCGUAGUCACCACCUUGUUACAGGGCCAGCAUUGUGGGAAUCUGACAUACAAACGAAGAUCUCCUCCUCACGCAUCUCCCCACAGUCUAAAUACGAAGUCUUCCCAGGCGGGAACGUGGAAGAGAUGGCAAAGAUUUUUGGUAUCGACUCUAACUUUCGACUGAGUUUGAUGACAGGAUUGGUGAACCCAUAUGGAAUUGGAAAAUUCAUUAUUGAUGGGGAUCCCUCAAAGAAGAACAAUUUGGUUCGCAUUAUUCUCAAGUAUGAAACCAUAUCGAGAUUUGAAGAACUUAGCAUGGAUCAAGCAAAGACAGAGCCUUACAGAGACCUAAGCUCAGAGAUGACAGCUACACACUUUGUAUCGCGUAUAGAAUAUGGUAGAGAAGCGAUAUUCGUCUUUGACAGAAGAUUAGACGAAAACGAAACAUUUACCGAUGUCGAAACCGACCUAAAGUUUGCUGUCGACUCCCUGCCCCAAAUUGAGGUAGAAAGUAAUGGAUAUGCACGUGCAACUGAGCUAGACGAUGAGGAACUGAGUAAAGUUGUUUGUACUUUUUAUCAAGAUAGAGACCAGGCCAGUUUCACCAGUGGUAUGACUUAUGAAGAUGCUCUGCGGGCUUACAGUGAACUCAAGAAAAACGAAGAAAGCCAUGUGUAUGAAGUUCCUAAAAGGGUUUGGCUCCAACCAUUGAGUACUUUGGACCCACAACUGGUACGGCGAGUGCGCGAGGUUAGCCCUCAUGUGACUGAUGCUUUGCAAAACGUCUUGGCAAAUUUCAACGAGUUUGAAACGAGUUUAUGUGGCCUCGUCGAUGAUAACACGUGUUCCACCUUUCCUACAAUCAAACAGCGGAUCACAAGAUGCGGAAAAGCGGUUUCCAGGUACAAAAAGAACAUUCUUAAGACAAUUUCCGAGAUGUUACCAGUGGUGCGAGGAGGUGAUGAAGAAGAGCAAGUACUUACCGACGCUCUCAACAUAGUUGCGUCUUCUCCGUUUCAUCACGACCGCCUCUCGUCGUGGAUCAGUGGUAUGAAGAAGGAGAUGAAACUGUUGUCCAUGUACCUAGAAUUCUUCAGAGGAAUCCAGCUGGUAACGACUCUGCAAGAUCUUGACAGUGUGAUCAAUUCCUUAGAGUAUGAUCAGGUUGUUUGCUUUUCCCUGAUGACGGUUGGGUAUGAAGAUGCACUGGUUGAACAAAUGUAUGCAUUUCUGCGAACUGGCAGUUGGACAUCAGAACAUCUCUCGACACAAUCAUGGUAUGAAAAACCUGAAACAGUCAGUGAAGGAAAGGCUAAGGCAAGAAAUUUCAGGGAUUUUGUCCGGGAAAAUGAACAUGACGAGCGUACAAAAUUCAUCGUCUCAAACGUUCAGAAGGGCACAGGCGAAGGAGUUCUUGGUGUCCGUUUGUAUGAUGGCGGUCAACCUAUAGAAUUUGAACCUCCGGGUAGACCUGGAAAGCCUUUUGCAACUGCAAUAAGUGCCUCUGGUAUCACCCUACGAUGGGAAGAAUCCCCAGAGGGAAAAGGAACUGUCCAGAGAUACAUAGUCCACUUCAAAUCUUCUACCGGCGAUUGGAAGUCUUUGCCCACUGUGGGACACGAGAAUAUGAUUUCAGUGAAGGGAUUGGACGCAAAAACUACGUACAUAUUCAAGGUGAACAGUGAAUGCAAAGCUGGUAGGAGCGUUUUAAGUGACACAAGUGACAGUGUCGUUACUGAAGAUCCCACGACUCUCCCCGAAUCAGACCACCUCCACGAAAAGAAGAGUGCAUCAUCCUCAGAUACUCAGAAAUGCAAUUCGAAUGGAGCUAAGGAUUCGCUGUCCUCCAAAUCCAAGAAUGAUGGCAAUGGGACGCAAAAUAGUGAAGCGAUCGGCGGAAACAGUGAAGAAAAUCCUUCAGACCACCCUAACAAGAAACGGAAGAGUAUUGCUCCACAAAAUGAUAAAACUUCACCGAGUAAAGCCAAGAAAAUUUCUGUUCUUCACAAACCAGCUGAAUUUUUUCUCUCCUCCUCAAAGAAGAUGAAAGGUGGCUCUCCAUCGAUUUACAUUCUCCCGAGGGUCAUGAGAAUGAGACGAAGAAACAGCAUGAUUGCCAGACAAAGUAUCGGGAAGCCCCCUAAAAGAGUUCAAGGAAGGCUUAUGGAGAAAGUUCUCAUGGUAGUGGGAGCUACUGGAGCUGGUAAGUCAACGUUGAUCAAUGGCAUGGUGAAUUACAUGUUGGGUGUGGAGUGGAAGGACGACUACCGAUACAAACUCAUCGUGGAGGACAAAGGCGUAUCGCAGGCUUACAGUCAGACGAAGGACAUCACUGCGUACACGUUUUAUCCCCAGAAAGGUUCGGCCAUUCCGUACACAUUUACAAUAGUUGAUACGCCAGGGUUCGGUGAUACAGAAGGUCUGAAGAGGGAUAAGCUCAUUACUAGUCAGAUAAAGGAGUUCUUCUCCAUUUCCCCACCAAAUGGUAUCGACCACCUUGAUGCAGUUGGAUUCGUUACACAAGCUUCCCUCGCACGUCUCACUCCAACGCAAGAGUACAUCUUCAACUCCGUCCUUUCCAUAUUUGGAAAUGAUGUCUCCAAAAACAUCUUCAUGUUGCUGACAUUUGCAGAUGGCCAGAAUCCUCCAGUACUUGAAGCAAUUAGUAGAGCCAACAUCCCAAGUGACAAGUACUUCAAAUUCAACAAUUCAGCCCUUUUCGCCAAUAACGAAGAAACCGAAGACAGCUUCGAUGCAAUGUUUUGGAAGAUGGGUUAUCUCUCCUUUCAGAACUUUUUUGCUGAGUUUGGAAAAGCAGAAAGUGUUAGUCUUCGACUAACUAAAGAGGUGUUGAAUGAACGUGAACAGCUUCAAACCUUGAUUGAAGGUCUGAACCCUCAAAUUACAAUGGGCCUCAACAAGAUUGAAGAAAUGAGGCAAGAAGAGCUUGUUUUGCAACAUCAUGUCAGCGAGAUUGAAACCAACAAAGAUUUCACCUAUGAAGUUGUUGUAACUAAGCCAAAUUAUGUCGAUCUCAAAGGAACUGGGAAACACACCACCACCUGCCUAAAAUGCAAUUACACGUGCCACCAGAAUUGUAAGAUUGCUGAUGACCUCGAAAAGCGUAAUUGUUGGGCCAUGGAUAACACAACUGGUAAAUGCAGAAUUUGUACAUUGAACUGCAUCUGGUCGGAUCACAAAAACCUUCCUUACAUAAUCAAGUACGAAUCAGUCGUGGAAACCAGAACUUCUGCCGACCUGCAAAUGAAGUAUGAAACAGCCGUUUCAGGGAAGUCUAAAGUCGAAGGCAUGAUUGAACAACUUGAAGAGUUUCUUCAAACGGUGCACAGCAAUGUUCUGACCAUGAUAGACAGCGCACAGCAAAGCCUUCGUCGACUGGAUGAAAUUGCCCUGAAACCCAACCCCUUAACUCAAGUGCAGUACCUGGAGCUUGUUAUAGAAUCUGAGAAAAAUGAAGCCAAACCCGGCUGGAAACAACGAGUGGAAUACUUCGAAGAAGCCAAACGUCACGCGGAGAUAUUAUCAAAAGUUAAAGAUGUUAAGGCAGGACAAAAGUUCAUCCAGGAGAAGGCUCGAAGUGGAGAAAAGUGGUAUUCCCGAUUUAAGUUCUGGUGA